ACACAACAUUGUUUGUUGUCCCUGUUAACCAUUGACUAUUUAUACCACACACUCCUGAACACAACUUGCAAGCAAAUUGAAGCUUCUUUGUGAACACGAUGACGAUGAAGGUGAAUCAGGAACCAGAAGAGAAGCCAUUGAAACUCUACUUCAUACACUACCUAGCAGCAGGUCACAUGAUCCCUCUCUGCGACAUAGCCACACUCUUCGCCUCACGUGGCCACCACGUGACCAUUAUCACCACCCCUUCCAACGCUCAAAUCCUCCAAAAAUCAAUCCCUUCCCACAACCUCAAACUCCACGCCGUCAAAUUCCCCGCGCAAGAGCUUGGCCUCCCCGACGGCGUCGAAAGCCUCUCCGCCGUCAACGACAUCGACGGCUUGAUCAAGGUCUUCCAAGCCACCGCCCUCCUCCAACCGCCCAUCGAACAAUUCAUCCAGGACAACCCGCCGGACUGCAUCGUCGCCGACUUCAUCUUCACCUGGGUCGAUGACCUCGCUAACAAGCUUUCAAUCCCCAGGCUCGUUUUCAACGGCUUCUCCCUCUUCGCCAUCUGCGCUAUAGAAGCCGCCAGAAGAAACUCAGACUCCAUCUCCGCUGAUGCCGCCACCGGUGGCGGUUCUUACAUCAUUCCAGACCUUCCUCACCCUAUCUCCAUGAAAGCAACACCGCCAAAGGAGAUAGGAGAAUUCUUUGAGUCCGUGCUGGAAAUAGAGCUCAAAAGCCACGGGCUGAUAGUGAACAGUUUUGCUGAGCUUGACGGAGAAGAGUACAUUGAGUAUUACGAGAGAACCACCGGUCACAAAGCUUGGCAUCUCGGCCCUGUAUCUCUGAUUCGCAGAACAGAGCAAGAGAAAGCAGAGAGAGGGCAAAAAAGUGUGGUGAGCGUGGACGAGUGCGUGAGUUGGCUCAACUCGAAGCCGCUCAACUCGGUUGUUUACAUCUGCUUCGGUAGUCUCUGCCAAUUCUCAGAUAAACAACUUUACGAGAUCGCAAGCGGAAUCGAAGCAUCGGGUUACCGAUUUGUUUGGGUGGUUCCCGAGAAAAAGGCGAAAGAGGAAGAGGAAGAGAGUGAAGAAGAGAAGGAAAAAUGGCUGCCAAAGGGAUUUGAAAAGAGGAAUAGAGAGAAGGGGAUGAUUGUUAGAGGGUGGGCCCCGCAGGUGGUUAUACUCGGCCACCGUGCUUUGGGUGCGUUUGUGACGCAUUGCGGGUGGAACUCGACAGUUGAGGCGGUUAGCGCGGGGGUUCCGAUGAUCACGUGGCCGGUGCAUGGGGAGCAAUUUUACAAUGAGAGGCUAAUAACUCAGGUGCGGGGAAUUGGAGUGGAGGUGGGUGCAGAGGAGUGGACCUCUAUUGGUUUUGGGGAGAGGGAGAAGGUGGUGAGUAGGGAGAGUAUAGAGAAGGCGGUGAGGAGGUUGAUGGACGGUGGUGAUGAAGCGGAGCAGAUCAGACGACGGGCAGAAGAGUUUGGUGUGAAGGCUAGACUAGCCGUUCAGGAUGGCGGUUCAUCACAUAAUAAUUUAACGGCUUUGAUUGAUGAUCUUAAACAAUUGAGGGACCGUAAGGUGGUCCAUGAAUCCAUAGCCUAGUAUUCAUUAUCUACUUAUCUUUGCUGUAUGGUUCAUAUGAAUAUGGAGGUGAAAAAUGGAUCAAUUAAGACCAGGAAAAGAAGGUAUAAUUGUGGUGUAGCAUUGCUACUUAUCGUUAUAGAUCAAGUGUAGGUAUCGGUUCAAUAAUGAUAUAUUCACACCUCAUUUUUUCUCCACUUCAUUUCCACCUAUUUUUAUUUUUAACUCUCUCCUUAUAUUAUCUAUCAUAUCUUAUA